AUCGGUGCCCAGCAGUGCCACUCACCAGUUCCGCCCACCUGUGCCCAGCAGUGCACCCACCUGUGCCCAGCAUUGCACCCACCUGUGUCCAGCAGUGCCACCCACCUGUGCCACCCAGCAGUGCCACCCACCUGUGCCCACAAGUGUCACCCACCUGUGCCCACCAGUGCCACCCACCAGUGCCCAUCAGUGCAGCCAGUCAGUGCCACCAUCAGUGCCACCUAUCAGUGCUGUCUAUCAGUGCCGUCUAUCAGUGCCACCUAUCAGUGCCACCUCAUUAGUGCUGCCUAUCAGUGCCGCCUAUCAGUGCCCAUCAGU